CGGAGUGUUCGCUUGCUCUCUCGGCUCGCUGGCACUGGGGCAGCCAAUGCGGCUACUGCGCCAAGUGCCGCGCGCGCAUGGCGACCCUGCGCUUCGAGCAGGAGACCAAGGAGGAGAUCGAGGAGACCCGCGUGAAGGUCAUCGCGAAGAAGGGGCGCGCCCUGGAGAAGUCACGCAAGCAGUGGCUGGAGGCGCAGGAUCGCAUUCCGCAGCACAUGGCACGUCCAAUCCUGGCCGGCCCCGACAGCAAGAUCAAGUUCGAGGAGAGCGACCCGGUUCGCUUGAAGGUCGCGGCCAUGAGGUCGGCAGCGGUGGCAGUCCCAGCGACGGCGGUGAAGCCCUUUUCGCCGAAGCUGCCCACGGCGAUGAGUGCCAACGCGGAAGCGAUCGACGAGAUGGAGACAGUGAUGCAGCAGGACCGCCAGGAGAGAGCCCGCCAGAUGGCUGCGCUCAUCGAGGCA